UCAUACACUCUUUCGGUUGUUUUUGACAUGUGAUUUUAUUUAGACGGUCAUUUUAUUUAAAGGCCAACCAUAACUAGUCCCCCUGUUUGGUUAAAUUAGAAAAAUAUCCAUCAAAAUAAAGAGUUUGAGUGUAGAGCGACAGGUCUCUAUACUUAAUAAAAGCAACUUCUCUGAGAGAUGGGCCUAGGUAGAAGAACCGUAAUGUGACUGCCCAUCCCUAAAGGCAUCACUUAUUAUAACAUAGACAAUGGAUUAAUGUACACCCUAUAUAUUGUGUCGCUAUUGAUAAUAACGUAUAACACGUAUAUUGUAUAUGUUCUAUGUAUCUCCUGUGUCCACACAUCUAAACAAAGAUCCGUGAUGUGAUUCCACGCAGACUUCAGCCAAGAAAACCGUUUAUUUGUUGUUGACUUGUGCUCGUAUUCCCCUCGAGUGAUGAAGGUGAUGAAGGAAUGUCGUGAGGACGACGUGUUGCCCGGUGCGCGCCGCCGCGCUGCGUGGGCGCGCACUGGGCUCCAGAUUACGGAGUUCCCCUGGAAGGAGGAUUCAUCACGUGGGAGCCUGAACGCAUCUAUUCGGGGAAACCCGUGUUGUUGUGAUAGAAGCGUCGGGGUUCCCACAUCUGUAAUACACAGAAAAACAAAAAGGAGGAUUUCAGGGUGAAUAUUUAAUAUCAAUAUCUCAGGAGAUGACCGGCUGGCGCGCGCGCACUUUGUCCACAGCUGCCGCAAAAACAUCCUCCUCAGUGCGGGGAGAAGCGCAGACAGUCAACGCAGAGCACAGGCUUACAGUGUGUGAGUGAGUGUGUGUGUUUGCGCGCGCGCGUGCGUCGGCCUCCAACAUGAACCCGGCUAUUUCGAGAAACUUCCAGCCCACCUCCCCGCGUCACCUGGAGGAGUCUUUAAAGCGCCGUGGCCGCCGGAGGCAGCAUGUUGCAGAGCCGCCGCAGCGACAUGAAGACGCAGUCGCCGACCCUGACGCCGGGCCAAGCCGACAGCGACGCGCUGCCGCUCGGCUGGGAGGUGAAGAUCGACCCGCAGACCGGCUGGCCCUUCUUCGUGGACCACAAUAACCACACGACGACGUGGAACGACCCGCGGCACGACGCCAAGAAGGUCCGAGAGCUGUCAGCCAAUGGGCCGAACAUCCCACCAGAACCGAGCCCCCCGGAGCUGCAGAAGGCCUGCGUGAGGGAGAUGAAGCACCCCAUCCUGCGGCCGGGCUACGUUCCCAUCCCCGUGUUCCACGAGGGCGCCGACCCGCGGCAGCAGCACCCGUGUUUCUCCUACAUCCAGCCGACCGCCGCGCAGCACAUCCGGUCCGACGGGCGGACGCCGUCCCCGACGCCGCUGCUCCACUGCAGGCCCAGAUCCCCUCUCGACGGCGGCGCCGCGGAGCCCGGGAAGGCCGGCUCGCCCGUCUCCCACACGGCGGAGGUUUACAGCGCCCCGCGGCCCAGCAGCGCCGGCCUACAGGCCGGCUACAUCCCCAUCCCGGUGAUCCAUGAGGGCGCAGGGGGAGGAGGCCAAACGCAGGCGCAGCUCAACCCCUCCGUCUACUCCCAGCGCAUCCCCUCCUCGGAGCACCAGCAGCCCUUCUACCGCCUCCAGAGCGACGAGUGGCCGGGUUACGCCGCCGCGGCGCCGCCCCGCGAACGGGCCUCUCCCGUUCUGACUCCCCAGCAUCGCGACGCCACGUCCAUCCACCUGCAGCCCCACGUCAGGAGCCAGUCCCCCGUCGUCACGCAGGCGCCGGGAGAACGACCACAGGCUCAGCAGCACGGCGUCACCAGAGAGCCGCCCGCCAAAGGAGAGCAGGAGCAGCACGGCGCUCAGCAGAAACCCGAGAGCGCCGCGCCGCUGCCCCCGGAGGCCGAAAGACCAACGCAACGACCGCAACACGUUCAGCAGCAACAGGCACAGCAGUGUCCUCAGGCCCACCCACCUCAGCAGCCACGGCAGUUUCAUGCUCCUCCUCCCACAUCCCCACAGCCUCAGCACCCUGAGGCGUUCAUGCAGUCGCAGCAACAGUUCAAGCCGCCCCUGAAACCAGAAGAACCACCACAACACUCAGAUGUCACAGUUCAAAUACCUCCACGGCCCGAGGCCCGCGACACGGCGGCCGAUCCCCCGGAGGACCGGCCGGUGGAGGCUGAAGCCCGGUGCCCGGUCCACCCGGGCUUGGCUAAGGUGCAGCAGAUAGUCGGAAGGGUUGCCAAGCUGGAGCAGGAGGUGAAGUGCUUUGACGGGAAGAAGAGCGGCAAGAAGUACUUGUUACUGGAGGAGCUGCUGACCAAAGAGCUCCUGGCACUGGACACGGUGGACCCGGAAGGCCGGGGAGACGUGCGGCAGGCGAGGCGGGACGGAGUCCGCCGGGUCCAGACCAUCCUGGAGGGCCUGGAGCAGCCGGCGCCGGAGGGAGGCGAGCCGCCCGGCGUGAGCGCCGAGGAGGCCUCAUAACGACGCCUCACUGCAGAGCGCCGGAGGCCCGCUUUAUAUUUGAUAGUGAACGGGCCCGAGCCAGCCCUCCUCCUCCUCCUCCUCCUCCUCCUCAUCUACAGGUUGUGGAGGUUGAUUGCCGGUGUCGUGUUUCCUGCCACUCGUAUGAUCCGUGCCGUCGUGUCUCAAGCCAACGCCGUCGCCAACGUCUUCACAAUAAGACGGCGAGGUGUCGUCGGCCAUUUCAUGAAAUAAAUGGGAAGAAGUAUUUUCUUAAGACAUGUUAUGUGGUCGCCUUGAUCAAAUCCAGUCAACAAAUCAGUCGGUGCACUUUGGUGUGCAGACAUCGGGUCCUUCGCGCUCCCUGCAGACCCCGUCAGGUGGCCCCUCCCCCGCCGCGUGGCGAGCACGGGGAACACGGCCCUGAGAAGAUGCUUCAUGGCGCGUUGCUGAUUUUGCCGUCUUUGCACUUUGCCGUCACCGACGUGUCGGCAGCACUUCGUUUGAGAUAUAUAAGUUACACCGGUUUGGAUUGACGUGUUUGUGCGUGCGUUGUUUUACUUGUUAUUUCAAACACUAUAUCAGUAUUUAUAUCAUAUAGUAUUUUGGUACAUUUCUGAAUGUGUGAUGUCAGACAACCAGCUCUCUGUUGUCAGAAUGUAAAACUACCACAACCGGAGCGAUGCGCACACACACACACACACGGCCUAAAAGCCUUAACAAUGCCAAUGGUGAAAGAUGAAGAUCAAACGGUUUGACAUUAUUUUUAAGAUGACACUCAUUGUUUGUGUCGUAAUGAUAGUCACUAUGACCAUAAGCCAUUUGUGAGGGUCACACGGAUCACUGCCUCACACACCUUCACAAGGGAUGGACGUCAUGUUCAUCAGUUAUCAAGUAGCAGACUGAUGCAUUGUGGGAAAGAAGUCACCCUGAAAAUAAAAAUGUAUUUGACACGGA